AUAAACCCAAGGAUGCAUUCACUGAAAAAGACCUGUUGAGCACUAAUUCAUACUGCCCACCUGGUCCAGUUGAAUUGUGAGCUGAAAAAAAUUCUGCAGCCUAAAAAGGGAGAAGAUUGAAGAGCAAGAGACCCAUUUUGUUGUGGGGUUUCCUUUAUCAGAGAAGGGGCCAGACAUCCAUUUGACUGUGACAUCACUGGGUGGUGGAAAAUAACAUCACCAGAAGAUGGACUGUGGUAUCACAUCUUUCACUGGUUAUGUGCGUGCCUGCGGAGCCUUGCUGGGCCAGUUUAGCUCAAGCCUGGACUUCUGCUGAGUGUGCCUGCAAGUGGGAGCUCCUUCUAUAGCUCUCAGUUCUCCCCAGCCUGCUUCAGCAAGACAUGGCCACAAGGGCAGACUGGAGCUGCCCCAUCUGCCACAGCAAUCGGAGUAAUGUGGCAUCUGCUGUGCCCUGUAAUGACCGGUUCUGCCUGGGCUGCAUCCUGCGGUGGGCAAAGACAAAUCCAGUGUGCCCAGUCUGCAGCAGACGUAUGGAGACUGUCAGGUUUUCUGAGCGGAACAAACGGGACUAUCUACAGUUUGCCAUCACAGCCUCAGAAGUGUUGGCAGAGGACAGCAGCCAGGCAGGGAGUGCUCCAUUCCACCUGGCCCGAAAGAGACCCCAUCACCCCAGGGUGUCUCCUCCACCUUCUCCACAAAGGAUGCUGUCUCCAGAUGAGCAGGGGACCGCAGAGCCAGUGUUCAUGGGCGGCCUAUUGCCUGAGGUCUGGGCAGAACUUUUCCAAAGGCAACAGCAACUGCUGGACCCUGUGCUUCCCUGGCUGCGCUGGAGGCUGGAAGCAGUCUAUCACGAUCAGUGGUGGCGAGCAGAGGCUGCAGAGAGCUCCAUCCUGCAUGGCCUCUGUGUCUGUGGUCCAAAUGCAGAGAUCUUAAUUGAGCUGCUGGAACCUCUCCUCAACGGGCACACAGCAUCGCUGGUUUAUGGCAUCAUGAAUGUCAUUGCAGGCCAGUGCAGUGACAAAGCCCAGAGGCUGCUGUGCUUCCAUCAUGCCAGUACCAACUCCAGUAGCUCCAGCUACACUAGAUCCCAGGAAGUGACUCUUGCCAGUGGAACGACAGGCUCUGAGGUAGAGGAGGAAGCCAGUACAUCAGAAACUGGUCUCCAACAGAGUCCCUGCCACCCCCCAUCUAUGCCCACCUCCUCAGAGCAGGACCAGCCCCAGGAAGAGCAGGAGCAGACAGUGGUGGCAGCAGGUCCAUCUGCUCAGGGCUGCAGCCCCUCUCCUCCUGACCAGGGCAGGGACCACUCUUCUAGGCAGCCUCGGCAUGCUCGGAAGAAGAGAGCCCGCCGCCCCCACAAUUCUCCCUGCCCAAAGAAGAGGCCACCCCGGCAGCAGCACUAGCAGACCUCCAGGAACUCUUCAGCCAAGAAAAAGGAAAUAAAUUGUCAUUUCCCUGACAAAGUCUCUGAGUCCUGCCUUCUCCCCCUUCUGGUGCCUUUCUCUGGCCCCCGUACUCCACCAUCAGCCAAGAGUGCCCAGGACUCCAAGGUCAUUUCAGCAGUGCUUUCUCACACAGGAAAUGAUGCUGCAGCUGUGAUGAUUGAAAAACUUUCAAACAAGCACUGGGGUGAUGCUACCAGAGGUAUCAGGAGUGAAAGACCGACCAGGCAUUUAUCACAUGAGAAGAGGAAAACUCUGAUAGUGCCUAACACAAUUUCUGCCUAAAACAUUAGGGCCAGAUAUACAGUUUGAUGAUGUCAGAUACACUCAGAGGACAGGUACAGCCUGAAGGUACCAAUAAGAGUUCAUUCAAUCAGUGGGAGACAAAAGACCUGCGCAUUAAUGUAGAAUGCACUACAAUCUGCAUUACUGUAGAAUGCACUCUAAUCUAUAUUAACGUAGAGCGCUAUAAAAAGAGGGCAGGAGGAAAAGGAAAUAUGCAUCAAACUGGGGAGUGGAAGAGGAGGUAAUACCAGAAGCACUAUUCAUAAGAACACAAAUUAUAUGUUUUGCAGGUAUGUUCCAAAAACUAAAUAAACAACAAAACCAAAACCAGUCAGUCAACCAAGAAAACCCCAAAACCCAUCAAAAAAUGUAAGUGUUGUUCUUUAAAGCUUUGGAGGCUGUUUCUGGACACAGUAAUUUUAUAUUUUGGGUGAUCUGUUUGUUGGAGACCAGUAAGAAGUUACUACAGGCAGUUGAAGGAGGAAGGAGAAGUAAUAACAUUUAGCACAUUGCCGUUUUGUUUCUUGUGUUUGUACAGUCUCUGGGACAGUUCAUUCUGACCACAGAAAAGGUUGGAUGAUGGAACACAGUGGGAAAGUUGUAGAUUUGCCGCCUGCUUGUAACAAGCAGCAAGCUCAGUGACUGAACAGGCAGUUGCUGUCCUGCUGCAUGUUCCUGG